CAACAGCCCAUAAUUCUACGACCCCGCUCUAUCCCACGGACGCACCUCCCCUGAUCCAUGAUAAGAUCCAUAUUGCCAUGGUUAUCACAUUUCUUGUCGGUAUCCUGCAGGUCAGACAGCGAUGGGUCUCUGCCGAAUGGGGUACUUGACAUCCUUCAUGUCAGACGAGAUGAUCAGCGCCUUCAUCACCGGAACUGUGAUUCACAUCCUGACCAGUCAGCUCAAACCUCUCACCGGAGCCAACAUCACCAAAUACUCUGGACCAUUCAAUGUCAUUCUCACGUGGGUAUCAUUUUUUGAAAGAAUAGGGUCCGUAAACUACAUUGUACUCAUCAUGUCUGUGUGUAGUCUACUUUUCCUCAUCAUAGUUAAAGAGCUUAUCAAUGGAAUUGUGCUGAAAAAGUCCAAACUGCCAGUGCCAGCCGAGUUGAUUCUGGUAAUUGGGGGUACGAUGGUAUCGAAGUACAUCUGCCUGCACACGAAAUAUGACAUAGAUGUUGUCGGCUUGACGCCUACAGGUUUCCUGCCUCCUGAAGCCCCACCGUUCGAACUUCUUCCCAAGGUUCUGACUUCCAGUAUGAUUUUGUCGAUCAUUUGCGCUGCCACAACCCUCUCGAUGGUGCUAAUAUAUGCCAAAAAGCACGAAUAUGAAGUCGACACCAACCAGGAACUAGUGGCGUAUGGUGUCGGUGGCAUUGUGUCUUCUUUUUUCUUCUGUUUUCCGAGCUGUGGAUCACUUUCGAGGAGCGCUAUGCAAGAAAGCACUGGGGCAAAGACUCAGAUAGCGAGUCUGGUGUCCUGUGUUUUGAUGUUAGUCGUCCUUUUUGUUUUGGGUCCACAGUUUGAACCUUUGCCAAAUUGUGUUCUGUCCGCUGUAAUUGUGAUGUCAUUAAAAUCGAUGUUGAUGUACUUCGGAGACUUGAGAAGAGCAUGGAAUGCAUCCAAGCUGGACGCGUCUGUAUGGGUGGUUACCUUUCUAUCUGUGAUUAUUCUGGACAUGGACUACGGAUUGAUCAUUGGAAUUCUAUUCUCAUUAAUAACGAUUUUGUUCCGUUCACAGUACCCAGAGACGUGCUUACUGGGUAAUCUCCCCGGCACAGAAAUAUACAGGAGCGUCGAGAAAUAUCCAAAUGUGACAGAAAUUCCUGGGGUAAAGAUUUUCCAUUUUGGAGCAUCUAUUUAUUUUGGAAACAGGGACUACUUUAGAUCCCAAAUAUUUCAUCACAUUAGUUUUCAACAAAGCUCGAGUCCAGAGGCAGAAGUAAAAUAUCAAAAUGAACAAAACGAGAAAAAAAAGAUGUUGGAAGAAGAGGAUCAACUGACCUUCCAGAACACUUAUAAGUACGACUUUCUAAGAGUGAUUAUAGUAGAGCUGUCUGCGGUGGCAUACAUGGAUUCGGGAGGCGUGGCAAUGCUCCUACAAGUCAUGAGAGAAUUUGCUGUAAAUAAUAUUGUGAUAUAUAUUGCUUGUGUUCAAGAGCCAGUGUUAGAGAGUUUAGAAAGCCAAGGAUUCUUUAAUACAGUCAGUAGAGAAUUCCUGUUUCCGACCGUCCACGACGCAGUAUUAUAUGCACAAAGUGAAUGCUUUAGUUCCUAGCACUAACAAAUGUUAAAUUAAAUAUGUAUAUUGUAAAAAAAAAAAGAGGAAUCUAUAUUAGGUUGCUAUUUAUUAUUUCAACUCCAUUAGCAAGCAGAAGUUUUUGGUAAACCUCAGUAAUUGAUCACUAACUACAAAACGGACGAUCUAUCUAAAAUUUGAACUGAAGUAGGUAUGUAUGUGUAAAAUGUUUUACAUAAGCUCAAUACGAAGCAGUGUAUAUGUUAAAACUGAUAAAGGCAAGCGGGUAACUUUUGUUUUAGUAUUUUUUUAAAGAUAAAACAAUAGUUUUGUAGCUGUAUUAAAUAGAUUGGCUGUUUUUAAAAUUUACACACAACAAUAGGUAGGCUGUUUUUGAAAUUUAAUGUGAUGAUACAUAAUUGCUUACCCGCGAAAAUUAAUUUGGUAUUCCUACUUCAAUUUUACCAGUUAUUUAACUAAUUAUUAUUACCGUUAUGAUUGGAUAAAUAAUUUAGUUACAAAACUAAUUUUAAUCUUUUUCUGUUUUAACAUUUGUUAUCAUGACCAUUAUUAUUUCUUAUAGAAGCUGUUUGUGGCUCUAAAAUGGUUGGCCAAUCUUUAAAUUUAUGUUUUUGUGUUCAGGUGUAUAGUGUGUUGAAUUAUAGAGAUUUAAUAUGAUUGAGAAGCAAAUGAACAAAAUGAAAAGUUUUAAAAAGGAAAUUCAAACAUCAAAACAUAUGAAAAUUCUUAAGCAUUCUACUUAAGAUUACUUUAAGAUUAACUUAAGAUAAACUUAGAGCGUUUGCCAAAGCCUGCAAUUAUCAGAAUGAUUAUCAAAGCGUGCUGCAAUGAAAAGUUGACUUUGUUGUACAGAAAAUAGCUAUAAUGUGAAACUCGAGCAAUGAAGAACUUAUUGAAAAAGUGUUUUUUGUCACCAUCUGUUUGAUAUGUAAAUAAAGUGUUU